AUGGCAAACCCAGUCAUUGAGCAGUACACCACAGGCAAGCCGAUUGUCGACGGCACCUUCGGCCACCUGACGAGCGAGCAGACGGCGAAGCUGCAGCAGCUAUGGCGCAAGCUCUUCGAGACCUUCCACAAGCCUGCAUCCGACCUGUCCAGCGCGCCGCUGCCUGCCGAGGCCACGGAGGCGUCCAAGAAGGAGGCCAGCCGCAGCAGCAGCGUGCCGGUCUCAGGACGCAGCAGCCGCAUUCUGAAGCGGCACACCGGCGCCAAGGACUCACCCUCGGCAUCGCCGUCGCCGUCGCCGGCAUCAUCCGGGUGGUUCGGCUGGGCCACCAGCAGCGCAAAGGCAGAGGCGCCCGAGUACCGACAGCUCGUCGGCGACGAGGCCUCGGAGGCCAGCCUGCCGCCGCCAUUUGUCCCCGGGCAGGGCGCAACAACAGUUGGCGAGGCGUUCUGGGAGGCAGCACUGUACGACCACCCGGACGUCCUUCUGCUGCGGUUCCUGCGCGCGCGCAAGUGGCAGGUCGACGACGCAUUGGCGAUGUUCCUGUCGUGCCUGAAGUGGCGCAUUGACGAGCAGGUCAGCUGGCUGGUGUGGCGCGGCGAGGCCGAGCUGAACCUGGCGCUGAUGCGCCGCGGCAUGGGCGUCGUGCACAAAACCGACCGCCUCGGCCAGCCCGUCCUGCAUAUCCCCGUGCGGCUGAACAUUCCGUCGGCGCAGCCCGGCGAGCAGAUGAUCGAGUACACGCUGUAUCUGAUGGAAGUCGCGCGCAUCGUCCUGCACCCGCCAGCCGAAAAGCACUACUACCCCGAGUGCCUCGGCCUGGUGCUGAUCUACAACGCCUCGUGGGUGUUCAACGGCCUGUGGAAGCUCAUCCGCCCGCUGCUCGACCCCGUCGUCGCCAGCAAAGUGCACUUUGUGGCUUCGGCCAAGGACCUGCAGCACUUUAUUGCCCCCGAGAGCCUGCCCAAGGAGUUCGGCGGCGCUGAUGCCUUCAAGUACACCUACCCGAUGCCUGUCGAUGGCGAGAACAAGGCCAUGUUUGACUCUGCUGGCCGUGAAAAAGCCGUGCUCGACAGACGUGCAAAGUGCGAGCAGUUCGAGGCCGCCACGCGUCGCUGGGCCGGCGUGGACUCAGCCAGCGACCUGUCAAAGGACGCGCUGGGGGACGAGCGGAAGGCUGCUGCUGAUGAGUUCGUGGCUGCCAGCAAGGCCCUGGACAAGUACGUGCGUGCGCGCACGCUGUACCACCGCAACGGCGUCAUUGGCGAGGAUCUGCGCGCCGACUGGAACAAGGUUUAAGUUACAAGGCUUAAGUUAGGCACACCCACGCGCUCGAUAUAUACCUCUACCCCCACCUUAUAUGCUGUAUAUGAUUGCAAUUUCCGGCGGUAACGCGUGGAAGCGGUAGGUUACUUGUAACGGGGAGGAGCAACGUGGUCUUAUUUAAUGCCGUUUGCUUAUUUUUUAUUUUUAUAUUUUUAUAUUUUUACGGCCACGCGGCGCCAAGUAGACCUAAUUUUUUGUUUGCACAGCAGCCAAGCCUGUACACGAUAUUUAUAUAAACUACAUGGGUGGAAUCGACUUCAAGAAUCCUGUCUUUAUUUCAAAUACCUAUAUAUCCUUCUGAG